CGUUGCACAACAGCCAGUGUAAGGCUUGUCAGUCACACAAUACUGUAUAAAGUGCAGAUCUGCUGCCAGCCCAGAGACAAAAGCUGCACGGACUGUGAAUGUAAUACACCUUUCUACUGUGAAUGCUUUAUGAAUAGCAGGUAAAACCGACAGGAGUUUCACUUCAGAGAUGAGCGGCUGGCUGAGACUGGUGACACUGGCUGCACUGCUCUGCUCUCUUCCAACUGCUGAUGGAGGGAAAGUCCUUGUUUUCCCUGUGGAGGGAAGCCACUGGGUCAACAUGAAGGUCCUCAUCCAGGAGCUCUAUUCCAGAGGUCACCACAUCACAGUGAUCCGGCCCAAAACCAGCAUAUUCAUCAAAGCAGAGUCCCCUCACUACCAGUCAAUCAGCCUGGAUGACGGUAAUGAAUUUGAUGCAAACUUCAUGAAUUAUUUCACGACGAGAAUGCUGCAGCUCCGGCGGGAGUUCCACACUUCAACUGCAGCGUAUUUCAAAGCUGGAGAGGAGUUGAUGACGAUGAUGCAUCAUGCUCACAAACCUGUGGUUGAUAAAAUGCAAGAGAUAUUUGAGGAUGCUAAACUGAUGCAAUUAUUCCAAGAAGCCAAGUAUGAUGUUGUUCUGACUGACCCUUGCUUUGGUGGAGGGGUUCUUCUGGCUCAUCGGUUGGGUCUGCCUCUGGUCUUCAACGUACGAUGGACGAUCUUGGAAGAUGGACAUCACACAGUUGCCCCAUCACCACUUUCAUAUGUUCCCAUACCAGGCGUUAAAUUGACUGAUAAGAUGACUUUUUGGCAAAGGGUGUUAAAUGUUUUAAUUGCCUUAAUGGUACGUAAUAACCACAUGACAAUCAAAGAAUCUUAUUACACACCAUUUGUCCACCGUCACUUUGGUCCUGACGUCCACUAUGAUGAGCUCGUUCAGGCAGCAGAUGUUUGGUUGAUGAGAACCGACUUUACCUUUGAGUUCCCUCGUCCCACCAUGCCCAACGUUGUCUACAUGGGCGGGUUUCAGUGUAAACCCUCCAAGCCUCUUCCUCAACAUCUGGAAGACUUUGUCCAGAGCUCUGCAGAGCAUGGAGUCAUUAUUAUGAGCUUGGGGACCUUGGUGGGGACUCUUCCUGAGGAUAUAGCAGAACAUGUGGCUGCUACUUUUGCCCAAUUACCUCAGAAGGUCAUCUGGAGGCAUACUGGGAAGAGACCGUCCACCCUGGGCAACAACACCUUGCUGCUGGACUGGCUGCCCCAAAAUGACCUCUUAGGACACCCAAAGACCAGAGUGUUUGUGGCCCACGGAGGCACCAACGGACUUCAAGAAGCCAUCUACCACGGAGUUCCCAUCGUCGGCCUUCCUCUGAUGUUUGACCAGGAUGAUAACCUGUUCAGGAUGAGAGUGAGGGGCAUUGCAAAGGUGCUGGAAAUUGGCACACUGAACAAAGACAACUUCCUGGAGGCGGUGAAGGCGGUGCUUUAUGAGCCGUCCUACAGGGAGAACGUGCAGCAGCUCUCCAGGCUGCACAGAGACCAGCCCAUGAAGCCUCUGGACCGAGCCAUGUUCUGGAUCGAGUUUGUCAUGAGACACAAGGGUGCUGCUCACUUAAGGACUAACUCCUAUAAAAUGUCCUGGAUUCAGUACCACUCCAUUGAUGUUAUCGCACUGUUGCUAAUGUCGGUUAUGAUGAUGUCACUGAUUUGCAUUUUAACAGUGAAAUGUUUGUGGUGUAAAGUGUUUGGUGAGAGGAAAGCAAAAUUGGACUAAUACAAAUAUUUAUGUUGCUCUGCAUGUACUUCUGUUAUGGUUUUUUAGCAGUACAUUUUUUUCUCCAACACCAGCAGAAAAGGAAAGAACGGGAGAAGCAGAGAAGGAAGAAUGAAAAUGAAAGUUGCACAAAAUGAAACAUGUUUAAAUUUAGUGUUAAUCUGUAUCUUGAACAACUGAGGUUUGAUGAUGAUGGCGCAGCAGCACAGAAUAAAUGUCGGCCUCUUACGUUAAGAGCUGAAAAGACUCGUGUCCAAGAUAUAAUUUAAUCUGAAAAAUGAUGAUCUGACUAAAUUGAAGCAACAACAGCAUCAAAAGCCACAGCAGUGAUACCCUGGAGUGGACAUACGGUGGACAUACAGUGUAUUCGUCUGUCUUUUGCUAUGUUUUGUAUUGUGCUAUGGACCGUUUUUUUGUGUCCUGAAUAAAGAAUAAAGAAAGAAAGAAAGAAAGGUAUGUCUGACAAACAGAAUGGGAUUUCUGUGAAGGCUAUGUAUUGAAAUAAGAAUCUAUGGGAAACUGCUAAGAGGUGCUACUAUUGAUCAACCUGUGCAGCAAACAAUAAUAAGCAUGUCAAUAAGUGACAGAAAUAAAAAAUUGAGUGUUCAGAAUGAGCAGGCUGUGGACUUUAUCUCCAUCUUGUGGUAUUUACGGGAAGUAAAAUGUGUCCAUGCAAUCACCUACUGUAUACAUACUGUACAUUUAAUAAUUUUGAUGACAUUAUGAACAUGUUGUCCUUGAAAACAGGAUUAAGCAGGUUACAGAAUUGUAACAGUUAAAAUAUUUCUUAAACAAUGUUGCGUUUUUGGAAAGGCUUAUUCAUCUCUACACCCUACAUACAUUGUGUUAGCGUUACAGUCCUGCUUGUUUAAAGAAACAUCUUUAGUAAAAAAAAUCUUAAUUCUCCUUAAGAGCAAAUCAUCACUACAUCUCUGUGUAUACAAUCCUAAGUACUCCCUCUCUUCAGUGAGGCUGCUGUCUAUAACAGACUUGAGUAUCAACACACUGUUACAACUUAAAAUUACAAAGCAUAUCAACAUCUGCUAUGCUUCUGCUUGUUUGUUUUUAUAUGAAAGUAUAAUGAUGCAGUGAAGUUGUAGGAGGGUAAAGUUGAAUGAUCUUUGUUUCUAAUAUUGAGAACACACACAUACAGUAUAUGCUUUACUCUUUACAUAUUUCAGCUAUUAAGCAUCCAUCAGGGUGGAAUGAGGUUGAUUCAGGUUUCUGUAUAUACAGUCAGUUAAUUAGAAAAUAUAAUUUAAUUUAUUUGGGCUGUCCAUAAAAUUUGUAAAGUCGAAAUAGUUUUAGUGAGGAAUUUGUUGUUUUGGAAAUAAAGGAAUCAAGAUUUAACCAUUAAGAUUAAAUAACA